AUGCUCAGGACAGUCUUGGAUGCUUCUCAGCGGUUACUGAAGAAGGGGAGAGAGUCCCGGAGGCUGGUGCUGCUAGUGGUGUUUGUUGCUCUGCUCCUGGACAACAUGCUGCUCACGGUGGUGGUGCCCAUCGCACCCACCUACCUCUAUGCCAUAGAGUUCAAAGACAUCAGUGGUUCUCUGUAUCUCGGCUCCACCACAACUUCCCGGCCUGCCCUCACUCCCACCUUUCCUGCUAUCUUCUCCUUCUUUGAAAACAACACCGUGGCUAUUGAAGAAAGUGUGCCGGAUGGCAUAGCAAGGACAAGUGGCAUUUCGACCAUCUCCCCUCCAGUCAUUGAAGCCAUCCCAGCACAUGGAAACAACUGCUUUCAAGCCACAGAAUUCCUGAAGGAAGAGAACAUAUGGAUCGGGGUUCUAUUUGCUUCCAAGGCUCUGAUGCAACUUCUGGUCAACCCCUUCAUGGGACCUCUUACCAAUAGGAUUGGAUAUCACAUCCCCAUGUUUGCUGGCUUUGUUAUCAUGUUUAUCUCCACAGUUUUGUUUGCCUUUUCUGGUACCUAUACUCUGCUUUUUGUGGCCCGAACUCUUCAAGGCAUUGGAUCUUCAUUUUCAUCUGUUGCAGGUCUUGGGAUGCUGCCCUGUGUCUACACUGAUGACAAUGAGAAAGGGCGGGCCAUGGGAAUUGCUUUGGGGGGCCUGGCCUUGGGAGUGCUGGUAGGGGCUCCCUUUGGAAGUGUGACAUAUGGGUUUUUGGGGAGGACUGUACCCUUCCUCAUCUUGGCCUUCCUGGCUCUUCUGGAUGGAACACUCCAGCUCUGCAUCCUACAGCCUUCUAAAGUCUCUCCUGAGAGUGCCAAGGGGACUCCACUCCUCACGCGUCUCAGAGACCCUCAUAUCCUGGUGGCUGCAGGCUCCAUCUGCUUUGCCAACAUGGGGGCGGCCACGCUGGAGCCUGCACUGCCUAUCUGGAUGCUGCAGACCCUGUGUGUCCCUGAGUUGCAGCUAGGUCUAGCCUUCUUGCCCGCCAGCGUGUCCUACCUCACUGGCACCAGCCUGUUUGGCGUGCUGGCCAACAAGAUGGGUCGGUGGCUGUGCGCCCUGCUUGGGAUGUUGGUAGUAGGUACCAGCUUGCUUUGUGUUCCUCUGGCUCAUGAUAUUUUUGGUCUCAUUGGCCCUAAUGCAGGGCUUGGCAUUUCCAUAGGCAUGGUGGAUUCUUCUGUGAUGCCCGUCGUGGGACACUUGGUGGACCUGCACCAUGCCCCGGUCUAUCGCAGUGUCUGUGCCAUCGCUGAUGUGGCUUUUUGCACGGGCUUUGCAAUAGGUCGGUCCACCGGGGGUGCCAUUGUGAGGGCCAUUGGCUUCCCCUGGCUCAUGGUCAUCAUUGGGGUCACUGACAUCAUCUACGCUCCUGUCUGCUACUACUUGAGGAGCCCCCCUGCCAAGGAGGAAAAGCUCGCGGUUCUGAGCCAGGACUGCCCCAUGGAGACCUGGAUGCACGCAGCCGAGAAACACACAAGGCCGUUUCCUCGGGCGGACGGCGAUGGGGAGCCUGGCUGUGAAACCGGCCCCUGGACCUUGUCGCGUGAGGCUCGGACUUCAGUGACCACGUUGUUCCCGGACCUAGAUCACCACGGGCUGUUCAGUGAGCUUCAUUCACUCUGUCUCCCUGGUGUCUGCUUUCCUCCCCUCCGACGGAUGCUGUCCUCAGGCUCUCUCCUCGCCCGUCACUCACACCUCUUCCUCUCAGCGUUGAUGCCUCAGCUGGCCUACCCUUGGUGGGAGGAUGGAGUGCUGUCUCUUCCUCGGCUUCUGUAA